AAAUUUGUUCAAAUGAACAUGCAUUGUUUCCUAUCAUCGAACCUAGCCAAAUGCAAUCUAAAUCCUCUACUGAUUAUGUGAAAAUGCCUACUGAUGGAGCUGAUGUCUGGGAAAUUGAUGCUAGCCUGCUGAAAUUUGAAAGCAGAGUUGGAUCUGGUUCAUUUGGUGAUCUGUAUAAAGGCACAUACUGCAGUCAGGAGGUGGCUAUCAAAGUCCUCAAGCCUGAUCUUGUGAAUAAAGAUAUGCUGAGAGAGUUUGCCCAGGAAGUGUUCAUUAUGAGGAAAAUUUGGCACAAGAAUGUUGUACAAUUCAUAGGCGCAUGCACACAAACUCCAAACCUGUGCAUUUUGACUGAGUUCAUGUCCAGAGGAAGUGUUUAUAACUUUCUGCAUAAACAAAAGGGUGCAUUUAAGCUUCCUGUUCUACUCAAAGUAGCACUUGAUAUCUCCAAGGGAAUGAACUAUUUGCAUCAAAAUAAUAUUAUCCACAGAGACCUGAAGACUGCCAAUCUACUAAUGGAUGAGAAUGAGGUUGUUAAGGUUGCUGACUUUGGAGUUUCAAGAGUGCAAGCUCAAUCUGGAGUGAUGACUGCAGAAACUGGAACAUACCGUUGGAUGGCUCCUGAGGUCAUAGAACACAAACCGUUUGAUCACAAGGCUGACAUUUUCAGUUUCGGAAUAGUGCUUUGGGAACUUUUAACAGGAGAACUUCCAUACUCGUACUCGACACCUUUGCAAGCAGCUGUUGGUGUUGUACAACAGGGUCUGCGGCCUACAAUUCCGAAGCACACUCACCCAAAGCUUGCAGAACUGCUAGAAAAGUGCUGGCAACAAAAUCCAACUCUAAGACCCAAUUUCUCUGAAAUUAUAGAGAUUCUGAAGCAGAUUAGCAAGGAGGUAGGUCACCUGUCUGGGAUAAGUUCGGUACAUUGAACCAUAGUUUUAAAUAACAGUAUCGGGUUAUGAAUCGGUAUUGGCAACGCGGUUGUAUAUCGGCCAAUAUGAGAUAAUAUUGUCCUGAUAUAUCAAUAAAUAACAAUAUUGAAAGUCCAAAAUCUCAAUACAGCAAGACAAUAUGUAAUGGUUGAUAUUUAAAACCUUAGAAGGGGGCAUCACUGAAGUCCGGAAUAUAUGAUCCUGUGGGCCGUUUUCCAAAUUUCAAUUCCAUUUUCUCAUGUUGAUCAGCUCAGUUGUAGUUUAACCUGCAUUUUUAUUUUAUUUAUAAUAUAGGAGCUUACCUCGUAAAUUUUGUGUAUUUAGGUUUCUUUCUUUUUCAUUUAGAUUUUUUUGUCCCCAUCAUAAUUUGUUUCAUUGCAAGUUGCAACAUAUGUUGAAAUGGCUGAGUAUGGUUGUAACACUGUUC